AUGAAACAGCAAUAUAUUGACAGCGACGACCCCGAUAAGAACUGUGCCACUCAGACUACUGCUGAGGGACCUUGGGGUGAGAUAGGACGACUCUCAGCAGCUUCAGCAUAGGUGUGCGAGAGCUGAAGUUGUGGUGUGGUUAUUUUGCAAUGCCAGCCGGUCACUACCGCGGCAAGAACGCGUCGCAGGAGACCGUCAUCUGCCCACCUUCUUGUGAGUACUUCCACGCCGAUCUUGAAGCGUUGACACCGCCCAGCAUUCGGUUGUACUGAUCUUCCCGAGUGUAUUUGUAUGAUUGAAAAGUUAACGUGUCGAAUCGCGUCUCCCUCUCCGAGCUCUGCUGGGACGGUAGGCUGAUCGGCAGUGGCAACCCCAGCCAUUACCUCGGUGCAGACCUCAGUCAGUCUUCCACCGCUGGGGAUUGGGCAGAGUCUCAACGAGCUCACUGAGACUCUGACGAUCACAGUGCAUCGCUUGACCCAUGUACCUUCCGUGACCUUUGGUCACGUCGUCCACACUGGUGAGUCUGAGAAGGCAAAGUGAAGCUCCUGUGUAUGGUCCUCUCUCGGCUAAUCAUGACCCUCUUCAAACUCGAUCCUUCAGCGGAGGGCUACGUCGAAAGUCUGAAGCUAGCUUCGACGAACAACUCCCUCGCUGCAUUUAAUUCUGACACCUUGCAAUUCUUGUAAGUCAUGCCACACUGCGCACAACUCCUCUGUCUAGGGUCAAAAAACUGACUCGACGCUUGGACUCACUUUUUGCGCAGCGCUCUGGACGCGUACGCUCGCGACGUCGCUUCUGCCCCUAAGGGCUGCACGGUCUCCAUGGAGCAGGCCAAAGCCGAAGAGGCUGCUGCUGGGGGGUCACACUCAUUAAAAGUCGUGGUGAAAAGAACCACCUCGCACUACCCCGGGUUGCUGCGCCGGAUCUGCGGGAAGAAGGGGAGGAUUUCAAUAACUGGCAGUGGAUACGAGUUUUCGGUCUUAGGGCCGGGAGUACUUUAA